AUGGGCCGCUGGACACAAUACGAUGAAGAUGAGGCGCGCUUACCGGAAGGUAUGCAGCGUAUUGGCUACGACGCCGACUGCAGCCGCUACACCUUUCGUGAUAAGGAAGGAAACAUAUACCAGAGUGCUCCUAGAGCACGGUAUGGGAUUUUAACACCCGUCUCUGACCCCGUCGCUGAGGUCAUGAAGUCAAGGCCUCAGGCAUUCGCCACUAAUGACAAGCAGAAAUCAAGGAGCCACUCUUUGAGUCCUGUAGACCAACCGUUGAUAACUUUCCAUGACUUGCUACCACCUAACGCCAUCACGUCAGCCUCGCCGUCGGGGAGCAAGAAACCAUUGCCCACGUUGGCUACUACCACGAGUACUAUAACUCCCCGAGAGCGCUUCGUACAAGCUGUGCGGAGAGCUACGCUGCCCAAUAUACAAGGCGUUGUUCGUAGUCUCAAACGCUCAAUGACGUCUGCCAGAAGGGCUUCCUCUUCCAGGGAGUCCAGUGAUACUCAAGGUCUUUUGGGAACUCCAAGAGGUUCAUCGAAUCUGGAACGCGCUACCUCUUCGGUUACUGCUUGGUCAGGUCCUUCUCAAACGGAAGUACCGUAA